UCAACCCGCCGAACAUUUCUGCAGAGGGCUCACCAACAACACCUCUACUCCCCUCAACAACCCGCUACCUGCAUAUCGACAUCUCAGCGUCGCCAAGAUGUCUGAGCCAAUCCGCAAUAAGAAGAUGGAUUCCAUUUCCGCUCCCACGCCCCAGAACACCCCCUCAAAUGCUGCGCCUAUAUCGUCGCGCGCCCAGCAGCCCGGUGUCGGCACGAUCAAAGAAGAGGAACUGGAGCGCACUGCCGCUGGACUCUUCGCUGCCAACCCCGCCCUCGUGGCCAUGAUGCAGAACAAGCUCGGCUCGCUUGUGGGCAGGUCAAGUGGCUAUAUCGAGUCCCUCCCUGUCUCGGUCCGCCGUCGCGUCGCAGGCUUGAAGGGCGUCCAGAAGGAGCACUCCAAGCUCGAGGCAGAGUUCCAAGAGGAGGUUCUGCAGCUGGAGAAGAAGUACUUUGCCAAGUUCACGCCGCUGUACCAGACCCGUGCAAAGAUCGUCAACGGCGGCGAGGAGCCGUCCGAAGAACAGGUCAAGGUUGGCGAGACGCAAGAUGAGGACGAUGACGAGGACACACCCGAAGUGGAACUCAACAAGGACGAGGGCAAGGACGUCAAGGGUAUCCCACAGUUCUGGCUAAGCGCCAUGAAGAACCAGAUCUCGCUCGCAGAGAUGAUCACAGACCGGGACGAGGCCGCGCUGAAGCACCUGACCGACGUCCGCAUGGAGUACCUCGACCGUCCUGGUUUCCGUCUGAUAUUCGAGUUCGAGGAGAACGAGUUCUUCACUAACAAGACCAUCACCAAGACCUACUUCUACCAGGAGGAGAACGGCUAUGGCGGUGACUUCAUCUACGACCAUGCCGAGGGCGACAAGGUCGACUGGAAGGCAGGCAAGGACCUGACUGUCCGCGUCGAGAGCAAAAAGCAGAGGAAUAAGAACACCAAGCAGACCCGCGUCGUGAAGAAGACCGUUCCCACGGAGUCAUUCUUCAACUUCUUCGACCCACCCAACCCCCCGCAGGACGAUGACGAUGCUUCCUCUGACAUCGAGGAGCGCCUUGAGCUCGAUUACCAGCUCGGUGAGGACAUCAAGGAGAAGCUGAUUCCCCGCGCCAUCGACUGGUUUACUGGCGAAGCCCUUCAGUAUGAGAACAUUGAAGACUUCGAGGAGGCCGAUUUCGAAGAUGAGGACGACGAGGAUGAGGACGAGCUCAGCGAUGACCGUGACGAGGAUGAGGAGUCGGAUGAUGAGAACGACGGCACAAAACCCAAGCAGGAGGCUGCUGAGUGCAAGCAGAGCUAAACGGCUCGACGGACACGAUUUCCUUAAUUGAGAUUAUUGGGCUUGUUCUUCCGAUCUAGAUACCGGCAUCAUCACGCAUUUUGGUGGCUUUGCAGUCGCUUAAUCCGCCUCCUCUUCCAAACUCCACAUCACUACAGGCCUCCCCAUAGAGCUGGGGAUGGAUUGGUUGGAGAUUCUUGGAUUAGUUAUCAACACCAAUUACUUUGGUUCUCCCUAGCUUUAUUACCCCUCACACCUUCCCAAUGAUACAACAGAACGAUCACUAGCAUGUUUGGCGUCAUCUGGGUGGAGUUCUGAAGUUUCAUAUGAUGGUAACUUGCGCCCUCAGAGGAGGGUCAGAGAAGGGCAACGGAGCGUCGAUUAGUAUUGUUUCUUCAGUCGUCACGAGAAAAGUUUGAGUUUAUACAGCUGAUAUCGCUGGUCUUCGGGCUGAUUGC